ACGCGCAGUGGUGCUGUACCUGAGCUCCCCGCCAGCGCUGAGGAACGGCGGCGGUCGGAGGCUCUGGAUCGGGCUGGAGCGGAGCGGAUGUCGGUGGCCUCCGCUGGCUAUUGCACUACGCGGGGCGGGGAGAUAGUUAACCCGUGCGGUUGGUGCGAUCGUCAGAUAGCCGAAAGCGGAUUCUUAGUUUGACGGCUGGCAGCGGCGGCAGCAGCAGCAGGAGGAUGUCGAGCCCGGCGCUGCUGCCGGUGUCGAGCCGUCGCUUGGCGGCUCUGAGCCCGAGCUCGGCCGUCUCCUUCUACCCGCAUCACAGAGCCACCCUGCGGCUGUCGGAGAAAUUCAUCCUCCUGCUCAUCCUCAGCGCCUUCAUCACCCUGUGCUUCGGGGCCAUCUUCUUUCUGCCCGACUCCUCCAAACACAGGCGCUUCGACUUGGGGCUGCAGGACGUCCUCAUCCCGCAUGUGGAGCAGGGCAGGCCGGCGGGACGGGACGGCAGCGCCGGGCCACAAGGCGGCGGCGGCGGAGUCAUGGUGCAUGGAGGCGGGGAGGAGCAUCAGCACCGACACAGAGAAGAAGAGGAGCAGCUUCGUAAGAUGAUUAGGGCAGAUCAUGAGAGGGCCCUGGAAGAGGCUAAGGAAAAGCUGAAAAAAUCUAAAGACCAAAUCCGUGCUGAGAUUCAGACAGAGAAAAAUCGAGUGGUACAAGAUAUGAGAAAAAGAGAAGGCAAACAACUACCACAUGUACCUAUCCCAAAACUGGUAGGAAUCAAUAAUGGGGACCCAGGUGACCCAGACACCAGAGAGAAACAAGAAAAGAUUAAAGAGAUGAUGAAGCAUGCUUGGGGCAACUAUAGACAGUAUGCUUGGGGACACAAUGAGUUAAAACCACUUUCCAGGAAGGGCCAUACCACCAAUAUAUUUGGAAAUUCUCAGUUGGGUGCAACCAUAGUGGAUGCAUUAGAUACACUCUACAUCAUGGGUCUUUUUGAUGAGUUUCGAGAUGGGAAAGAAUGGAUUGAGAAGAACUUAGAUUUCAGUGUGAAUGCAGAAGUCUCAGUCUUUGAAGUGAAUAUCAGGUUUAUCGGAGGCCUGCUGGCUGCCUACUACCUUUCAGGAGAGGAGGUCUUCAAGCAGAAAGCUGCACAACUUGCUGAGAAGCUGCUGCCUUCCUUUAAUACCCCCACAGGCAUCCCUUGGGCUAUGGUGAAUUUGAAGAGUGGUGUUGGACGGAACUGGGGAUGGGCAUCUGCUGGGAGUAGCAUUUUGUCCGAAUUUGGGACUCUGCAUUUGGAAUUUGUGCAUCUGAGCUACCUGACAGGGGACCCCACCUACUACAAGAAAGUGUUGCACAUUCGUAAGUUGUUGCAAAAAAUGGAUAGACCUAAUGGCCUUUACCCCAACUACCUUAAUCCGAGGACAGGGCGUUGGGGCCAACAUCAUACCUCUGUGGGUGGGCUAGGAGACAGUUUUUAUGAAUAUUUGCUGAAAGCUUGGCUGGUAUCUGAUAAGACUGAUACAGAAGCAAGGAAAAUGUACGAUGAUGCUUUGCAGGCUAUUGAAAAGCAUCUGAUCAAGAAGUCAAACACUGGCUUGACUUUUAUUGGGGAAUGGAAGAAUGGUCAUCUGGAGAGGAAGAUGGGCCAUCUAACAUGUUUUGCUGGAGGAAUGUUUGCUCUCGGAGCAGAUGGGUCCCCAGAUGAUAAAGCAGGUCACUAUCUACAGCUUGGUGCUGAAAUUGCUCACACAUGUCACCAGUCAUAUGACAGAACAGUGCUAAAAUUGGGCCCUGAGGCAUUCAAAUUCGAUGGUGGGACAGAGGCAGUAGCACUGAGGCAAAAUGAGAAGUACUACAUCCUUCGGCCAGAAGUGAUAGAAACCUAUUGGUACAUGUGGAGAUUCACUCAUGACCCCAAAUAUAGGCAGUGGGGCUGGGAGGCAGCUCAGGCUAUCGACAAGUAUUGCAGGGUAAUCGGGGGAUUUUCAGGUGUUAAAGAUGUCUACUCUUCAUCUCCAGCCUAUGAUGAUGUGCAACAAAGUUUCUUCUUGGCUGAAACACUAAAGUACCUGUACCUCCUGUUUUCUAGUGAUGAUCUCUUGCCCUUGGACUAUUGGGUUUUUAACACAGAAGCUCACCCUCUUCCUGUUUUACGUUCUAUGAACACUACUCUCUCUGGAAAUGUGGUAUUUCAGUGAGGACUGCCAAGAGAACUGGAGGUGAACUUCACUGUUGCAUCGCAGUGCUAGCAGGACAAGUGCAACAAAUUUGCUGGGGGGAAGAGGAUCCUAUUCAAUAAGACUCGAAUGAUUUGAGAUUAAACCGUGCAGGAAAGGUGUGAACUACUGGGAUAGUACAUCUUUCAGAACAGAGUAACUACGAAUGUAAAAGUUUACAAUGAUGUAGUUGGCAAUCAGUACAGUACCAAGGCUGUACAAUGAACUUUAUGGCAGAUGUUUAAAGAAAGCUUAACAGCACUAGAUGUAUGUAAGUAGUACAGGAUUUUGUUUUCUCCUGCACUGCCUGAAGCCAUUGAGAGUCCCUGGUAAGAGUGUAAUAGUCUCAGUUUUUAAAGAAACAGUAUCCCUUUUGUGGAGUCAUCCAUACAUGGUUCUUCCUAACAAAAAACAGAUGAGCAAACUAUUUUUGUAGGAAAAACCUUGGAAGAGGUUGCUUGUGGGGGUUUGUUCCAGUUCUGAUGUUGCAUAUGAUUGCAGACAUCUUGGGAUUGUUGGAAUCUUACCAGUAUAAGUGUGCUUGUGAUAUUUCUGCACUUUGCAAAUUUUCUUUACCCUAAAGAAGCCUUUGUGUUGACCUAAAAGAAAAACCUAUUGGUAUUGCUAUUUCAAAUAUGAAGGCCCAGUUGACCUUCAGGCUUGGUUUGCUUAGGGAGAACUUUGACUUCUCUUGUAAUGUAUUUUUGAUAUUGUAAAAAAAGAUGUAUGCUUUCCAGGAUGUUUCAGUUCUCAUUUGGAUGCGAAAUCUAUAGCAUUUUGUCGAUAUUCCACAGUAUUAGCCCCAACAGAUGGCUGGUGGCUGAAAGUUUGCACUUCAGUUGAAGCUGAGCCAUUUAAUUGUGGUAAAAUGCUUACAAAUGUCGUUCUCGCUUUGCAUUCUGCUUAGAUUUUAAUUGGCUGGUGUUCAAGAGUAGUCAGGCUGCUCUUUAGCACCAGUGGAUAGAGGUCCUAACAGAGUGAUCAAAACUUCCUGAGAUGGUACACAUCUUUUACAGUAUUAAAGAGGAGAUGAACUUCUGUGUUGUGAGCAUCACUUAAUCAAGGUCUGUAAAGCAUUUUAAACUUUAGGUUUUUGACAGUUCCCCUGAAUGAAACUUACACAAAAUUCUCCUUAAUUUCACUUUUCACAACUCCCUGCACAAUGGUAAAACGUAAGGCAAUCUCCCAUAUUUAUUCUAUACACUCUGCUCCUCUUAAAUCAGUUGCUUAAAUUAUCUGAUAUUUCAGAUUUUAGCGGUAAAUUUUUGCUAUGCUGUCUUAUUUAUGUUGCUUAAUUCAGAUUAUUGGUAUUUCAAUUAUUUCGCACAAGAAGUGACUUUGAAUUAUUAGGAGUAGACUGUAUGCAUAAGUUUAAACAAACUGAAACAAAGGUGUACUGAAUGAUUAAAAAAUAUGAUGUCUCUGAGAAUGUUUUUGUUGACUACAUUAUCCAGUAUUUACUCUUAUGAUCAAGUAGGAUUUGUGCCUUUUUCCUGAUUGUUUAGUUUACAUGCUGUUCGAAAAUAUAUCUGAGGGAUUGAGGGCAGAGGAUUUCUUUUAUCAUCUAAGGGGAGCUGAUAUUUCUAAUAUUUACCAAUUCUAAUAAGUGAAUAAAAUUUGUUGCCUUUCCACCUUCCCUACUCUACAUAUGUACAAAGAGCAAGUACAUGGACCCAUCCUUCCCUGGCUGAGAACAUGGUUCAGUGUCAAUUCCGUUCUGCAGUUAGCCUCUAACAGAUGCACAACAGCAGCCCGAAUUUCCCCCCGACUGCAUUUCUGUAAAUUGUUAAUCCCUUAAGAGGCUAGGCCUCAUGCAAGCUGACAUUGUACAUAAUUCCCCCUCCUCAAUAUCUGUCCCCUUCCCUUCGAUAAGAACAUAGAAACAGAAGUGGGCAGUUUAGCCCCUCAACCUCUUCUGCCAUUCAAUGAGAUCAUGAUUGAUUGUGAUACCUUUGGCAAUCAGAUUUAAAAUUAACAACUGAUCAAGCAUCGGUUGCAGUUUGCGGAAAAGAAUUCUAACCUCCUACCAAACUGUUUCCAAAUUUCACUCAAAGUUCUGGCUCUAAUUUUCCACCAGUCUUAGGUUCCACAAUUUGCAAAAAUAGUUUCUCUCUAUCAAUCCUAUCAAUUCCCCUUAUAUCUUGAAAACUUUGAUCAAAUUGAUCCUUAACCUUUUAAAUUCCAGGGAAAUACAAUGCUAGUUUUUGUAAGCGCAUCUCAUGAUUUAACACUUGAUAAAUCACUUGGAGUUCAAAUAUCACUCUGGUAAACCUACAUUUCCUUCAAGGUCAAUAUUAUCUUUCUUUCAAAAAAUAUCUGUCCUCAACCCCUCUAUGUUUGCAACUGCCUUGUGAUUAAUGGAAAAAUGGGUAAUCAUUGGAACAUAUUUAAGUAGUAUGGCUGCAACCAUCUUUGCAUUGCAAAAACUUAAUGAAAAUAGUAGAUGAUUUUGUUCUCUAUCUUUUCAAGACUGAACUAUUAUUCUUAUUUCUCUCUCUCCUCCUUGGUGCUCAUCCUUUUUUUCUAUACCUGCACUUUUUUUUGUUUUCAUUAUUAUAUUCAAGCGAUGCCAUUUGCAAUCUGCCAUCCUAUCUCCAAUGUCCCUUUGCUCUUGAGUCCAUGAAUUGUUGUUGCUUCCCAAAUUUAUAUGCAUCUCUGCCUCAAGUCCCUGUUGAAUCUCUCUCAUUAGGUUUCUGUCUCUCCUACAGCACUUAAAUGUGCUAGCCAGAGUCACAGAUGCCACUCUGUGUGACUGUCAUUGUGCUGCAUUAUCAUUUCUGUUGUUCUUGACUUUCCUGCUUUCUUUGAGAUGGUUGAUCAUACCAUCCUCCUCCAAUGUGUCUUCAUUAUGCAGCUUAGCCCCAUUCUUACCUGUUGAAUAACUUAUUCUCUCGGUCACAAAAACUGCCUACUUGCAUGCCUGUAACAUUGCACGCCUCCAUUCCUACUUCUCUGCCUAUCUGCCACUGAAACUCUCAUCUGAUUCUUUGACCAAGCGUUUUGUCACCUGUAAUGUUUCAGUUUUUCUCAUGACAACAUACUGUUCAUUAUUUUGAUGAUGCCUUUGUGAAGUACCAUGAGGUGUUUUUCUACAUUAAAGGCGCUAGUUGUUGCUGGA